AACCUGCAGGCCUGGAUGAAGGACGAGCCGGCGGCCACCAACCUGCUCACCAAGCUGGACUCGGCCUUCAUCCGGAAGGAGCCCUUCGGGCUGGUGCUCAUCAUCGCCCCCUGGAACUACCCGGUGAACCUCACGCUGAUGCCCCUGGUGGGGGCCCUGGCGGCGGGGAACUGCGUGGUGCUGAAGCCGUCGGAGGUGAGCAAGGGCACGGAGAAGGUGCUGUCCGAGCUGCUGCCGCAGUACCUGGACCAGAGCUGCUUUGCCGUGGUGCUGGGGGGACCCCAGGAGACCGGGCAGCUGCUGGAACACAAGUUUGACUACAUCUUCUUCACGGGGAGCCCUCGCGUAGGGAAGAUCGUCAUGGCCGCCGCCGCCAAGCACCUGACGCCCAUCACCCUGGAGCUGGGGGGCAAGAAUCCCUGCUACGUGGAUGACAACUGUGACCCCCAGACCGUGGCCAACCGCGUGGCCUGGUUCCGCUACUUCAACACCGGCCAGACCUGCGUGGCCCCCGACUACGUCCUGUGCAGCCCCGAGAUGCAGGAGCGGCUGCUGCCCGCCCUGCAGAGCGCCAUCACCCGUUUCUAUGGCGACGACCCCAAGAGCUCCCCCAACCUGGGCCGCAUCAUCAGCCACAAGCAUUUCCAGCGGCUGCAGGGGCUGCUGCGCUGUGGCCGCGUGGCCAUCGGGGGGCAGAGCGACGAGAGCGAGCGCUACAUCGCGCCCACGGUGCUGGUGGACGUGCAGGCGGCGGAGCCGGUGAUGCAGGAGGAGAUCUUCGGGCCCAUCCUGCCGCUGCUGACCGUGAGGAGCCUGGACGAGGCCAUCGACUUCAUCAACCAGCGGGAAAAGCCCCUGGCCCUCUACGCCUUCUCCAACAGCAGCCAGGUAGUGAGGCAGGUGUUGGAGCGCACCAGCAGCGGCAGCUUCGGGGGCAACGAGGGCUUCAUCUACCUGACGCUGCCCUCCCUGCCGCUAGGGGGAGUCGGCAACAGCGGGAUGGGCCGGUACCACGGCAAGUUCUCCUUCGACACCUUCUCCCACCAGCGCGCCUGCCUGCUGUCCCACCCGGGCCUGGAGAAGGUCAAUGACAUCCGCUACCCGCCCUACAGUCCCUGGAACCAGCAGCUGAUCAGCUGGGCCCUGGGCUCCCAGAGCUGCACCCUUCUGUGAAGGGCCUGCAGCCCCUCCAGCCUGACUCCUCCGUCCUGGUGCUCACGGCAGCCCAGCCCCUCGCCCACUCUGGGUUGCCAACUGCUUCCC